CCGAUGAUUGAUGAUGAUUAAGGUCGUACGUGUUAAAUGCUGCAUUAUUAGCUAGGCCAAUACCCUCGUGACUAAGAGAUCAAAAAUCCAAGAGCUUCCUUCUCCACCCUUUCAGUUUCAGCUAAACAAAAACCAUAACCGCUAUUUUGCUUCUCAUUUCUCUUAACUACCCAUCAACCAACACCUUUUCAAUAUUUACCCAGCAAAAAAUCAAAAGAAAUUAUAAAAGAAACUCCAUUAAAAAUCCAAUCUUUACUUCUGAACUUAGCAUAACUUUCAUGACUGACCUUCCCUUUCCCUUCCCAUUUCUUUAAAUGUAAAACAACUCAAUCCUAAUCUUUGUUCUUUCUUCCUUCUCUUUACUUGCAUUUAUUUUAUCUUCAACAUGCUCUUUGCUACUGCUUGCUACUCUCAUUAUUUCAGAUUUUCAGUUCCAUAUAUAACAACUCCACCUAUACGCUCCCUUAUUUAUUAUUCUCACCUCUCUUCACACCCUUUCAACUUCAAGAACUUGUAACUCUCAAAAUAACGACCAAUACCAUGCCAGUUCCUAGUUUCUGUGCUUAUCUAACUCUCUUUUUCUUUAAAGUUGCCUUAAAACUGCUUUAACAUCAAAAUAAAGAGAUACCCAGAUGCUGAUUAUCGUAGAUAGAGGAGGAAAAACAAUGGAAAGGUCUGUUCUCAGUGCUUUUGUCGUGGUGUUCAUGUCUUUUUUGGGUUGUUUUCAAGUGGGUUUAUCGCAAAGUGAAGUUUACGUGAAGGAUUUUAUUACCUGGGAUGACAUGAAGGUGGAUGAUUCAGGUAGAGCAAGACUGAGCUCGAGAGAUAAUUAUAAUGGAAGCCGAGUAAUUGUAGUUGAUAAGAAUGGUGGAGGUGAUUCGUUAACAGUUCAAGGUGCAAUAGAUAUGGUACCAGAACAUAACACAGGAAGAGUUAAAAUUUACAUUCUUCCAGGGAUUUACAGAGAAAAGGUAGUUGUACCGAGUAUCAAGCCUUAUAUUUCGUUCAUUGGCAAGGAAGGCCGAAUCUACGAUACUAUAAUUACGUGGAACAGUAAAGCUUCUGAUACAGACAGCAACGGGGCUGAACUAGGAACCUAUAGAUCAGCAUCCAUUACCAUAGAAUCCGAUUACUUCUGCGCUACUGGAAUCACUUUUGAGAAUACAGUAGUAGCUGUGCCCGGAGGAUAUGGAAUGCAAGCCGUAGCUCUGAGGGUUUCCGGUGACAAGGCCUUUUUCUUUAAGGUCAGGAUCCUGGGGACGCAGGACACCCUUUUAGAUGAGACUGGAUCGCACUAUUUUUACCAAUGUCACAUUCAAGGAAGUGUUGACUUCAUAUUUGGUAGAGGAAGAUCUCUCUUUCAGGAUUGCGUCCUUCAAUCAACAGCUACAAAAACAGGAGCAAUUGCAGCUCACCACAGGGAUUCACCAUAUGAUGAUACAGGUUUCUCUUUCGUGGGCUGUGUGAUCAAUGGAACUGGGAAAAUCCUCCUGGGAAGAGCCUGGGGAAACUAUUCCAGGGCAAUAUACUCCUACAGUUACUUCGAUAACAUUAUAAUUCCUUCAGGAUGGAGUGACUGGAACAACCCAUACAGGCAAAAGACUGUGGUUUUCGGGGAAUAUGAGUGCAGUGGGAGAGGAGCAGAUACAAGAGGCCGAGUGCCAUGGUUGAAGACUUUCACCUAUGUGGAAGUAAAGCCUUUCCUGGGCAUGCAAUUCAUAAAUGGAGGCCAAUGGCUUAGACUCUAGUUCUUUUGUUCCCCAUCUUUGUUGAG